AAGAGACGAAUCACUAGGUUUUAACUUUCUUUUAACAUAACAAUACACACUUUUCUCCCCUUCUCUUUCAAAUAUCAAAAACACAAAACUCUUUUUUGUUAGGUAAUAACUCAACAUGGGGAGGAUGGUUCUUAUAGCUGCAGCAAUGACUCUUUUUGUAACCCUUCAAGUUUUACAACCUCCAUUAGUAGUUUCUGCCGCCACCAAAGGAAAGACGGUAACCGUUUUGAGUAUCGAUGGAGGUGGUAUUAGAGGCAUUAUUCCUGGAACCCUACUUGCCUUCCUUGAAUCUAAACUUCAGGAACUUGAUGGACCAAAUGCAAGAAUUGCAGAUUACUUCGAUGUAGUAGCAGGAACAAGCACAGGUGGAUUAGUAACAACUAUGCUUACUGCUCCUAACAAGGAUAAUCGUCCUUUAUAUCAAGCAAAAGAUAUUUCCAAUUUCUACAUGCAACAUGGCCCUCAAAUUUUUCCUCAAAGCAGGCGUAACAGCUUUGUGAGAAGGAUCACAAAUUUGUUUGGAGGACCAAAGUAUGAUGGCAUAUACUUGAGAACAAUUAUUAAUUCAAUAUUAGGCAAUCUUACAAUGAAGCAAACGUUGACUAAUACAGUCAUACCUACUUUUGAUAUCAAACGUCUUCAACCAAUAAUCUUCAGUACUGCUGAUGCAAAAGCAAAUAUCUCAAAGAAUGCUCAAUUAUCAGACGUUUGCCUUAGUACCUCAGCCGCACCCACUUAUUUCCCAGUGCACAGUUUUGAGACUAAGGAUGCUCAAGGCAAAACGCGUACAUUUGAUCUUGUCGAUGGAGGUGUAGCUGCAAAUAAUCCAACCUUAAUGGCAAUAACAUACGUUUCAAAACAAAUCAUGACGGGCAACUUUCAAUACGAGGGUAUGAAGAAUAUGGACUGCAACAAAAUGUUGGUUCUGUCGUUGGGCACGGGUAUAGGCAAGCAAGAAGAGAAGUAUAAUGCUACAGUGGCUUCCAGAUGGGGGAUGGUAGGUUGGGUGUACAACAAUGGUGCCACCCCUUUGAUAGAUAUUUAUGGUGAUGCUAGUGCUGAUAUGGUAGACAUACAUACUUCCACCAUGUUUCAGACCCUUGGUAGUGAGAAGAACUACAUCAGGAUUCAGGAUGACAAUUUGACAGGGGAGGCUGCAUCUAUGGAUAUUGCAACGACACAAAACAUGGAGACACUGGUACAAAUUGGUAAUGAUCUAUUGAAGAAGCCAAUUUCAAGGGUCAACUUAGAAACAGGCCGAUACGAACCAGUUGUUGGGGAAGGCACCAACGAAGCUGCUAUAGUCCGCUUCGCUCAGUUGCUUUCAGAGGAAAGGAAGCUCCGAAUAAACUAACGAAAUACUUGCAGAAAUUUUACACACAAUUUGUUGGACGAUUAGAAGAUUAAUUUGUAUUCUUUUACCCUUCAAUAGUUAAGCGCCUAACUAGUAAACCAUGUUGUAAUAUGAGAAUAAACAUCCCAAGAAGAAAAUAAAAUUUAUGUAAUACUUCUGUUUUUUUUUCUCA